AUGAAUCAAACAUAUUGCAUACUCAGCGCACUUUUCCUUUACGCACUGUAUACAAUAUGCCUCGCUAUCUACCGUCUUUACUUGCAUCCUCUUGCCAAGUUCCCGGGUCCUAAGAAGGCCGCUCUUACAAAAUGGUAUGAGGCAUACUACGACCUGAUCAAAUCACCUGGUGGGCAAUACAUGCAUGAGAUCAACCGAAUGCACGAUGUCUACGGACCAAUCGUCCGCAUCAACCCCGAUGAGAUUCAUAUCCGGGACUCCAUGUAUGUUAACACUCUAUACUGCAAUUCAGUGGGAGGUAAACGAAACAAAUAUCCUCCCGCGGCGCAUAUGACGGGGACGCCUGAAGGGAUCUUCGGAACCGUCAAUCACGAGAUUCACCGCAAAAGACGGUCUGCUAUAAGCCCGCUCUUUUCCAAGUCCACAGUCACGGCCGUGGAGUACAGGAUCCAGCAAAAGGUUCGAAUCUUGUGUGAUACACUGCGUUCGCAGAUUGUCCAUCAUGGGUGGGCCGAGCUACGCCUCAAUUUUCUCGCAUACGCCACGGAUACAGUGUGCGAGCACAGUUUCACCAACUUGCAUCUAGACCUGCUCACCUCCGACCGGCGCGCACGGCAGUGGAGGGAUUCCAUCCACGCCAUUGCCAUUCUUACACCCUGGAUCAAACAAUUUCCAUGGGUCCUCCCAGUAGCUCUCAAUUUACCACUAUCACCAUUGUAUGCCCUUGUACCUGUGGUAGCCCGGGUGGUGGAGUUACGACGGGCGAUGGAUAAGCAUGCCUCUGAGGCCGUGAGAGACUUCUUCGAAUCAGCUCAAGAGCCCCAAGAGAGCAAGGCGCAGGGUCUCUUCAACAGCAUUCUUAGCAGCACAGCCAUUGCACCAAGCGACAAACACCCCUUGCGAAUUGCGCAGGAUGGGUUUGUCAUUAUUGUCGCUGCGGGAGAAACAACGGCUCGCAUGCUCACCACAGCCGCCUUUCAUAUCCUAGAAAACAAAAGCACGAUUCUUCCAAGACUAAGGCAGGAGCUUGAAUCAGCGAUGCCGGUUCCCGGCGCGGCAGCGGAGUUGGCGAAGCUGGAAAAGCUACCUUGGCUGUCUUCUAUAAUCAAGGAAUCACUCCGUCUCACCGGACUGGUGACUUCACGGCUGCCCCUAGUGUCACCCGAUCAGCCGAUGACCUACCGAGACUGGUUGAUCCCUGCCAGGACACCCGUAAGCAUGACUCUGCGCGAUGUUUUGCUCGACCCAAAGAUCUUCGAUGAUCCGUAUGAGUUCCGCCCCCAGCGGUGGCUGGACCUAACAUCAGAUAUGGAACAUGCGUAUGUGGCAUUUGGGAGAGGGUCCAGGAUGUGUGUGGGCAUGAACUUUGCCCUUGCGGAGCUCUACCAAUGUAUUGCUUACCUCUUUCGCAAUAUGGACCUCGAAUUGUACGAAACUUUGCGGGAGAGAGAUAUUGACAUUGUUCGGGAUUGCUUCAUUGGCGAAGUAUCACCGUCCAGUGUGGGGGUGCGGGUGACACUUGCAACGCCCAGCCACACCGCAGCGCCUGAGACAGGAUCUACUUGA